CAGUUGUGUCUGGGGUUCCAGUGCGAUGUGAACUGGGACAAGCUGCCCAGCGAGAUUCGGGUGUCACUAUUGAACCGCUGCCUUGGGAAGACCUGCCGGAUAACCGAAAGACAGUGGCAGUGGCUGCAGCAGAGCCUUUGCAAGUUUGACACAGAUGAUCUCAACGUCCAUAUUGCGCGAUGCAACCUCGGCUGUGCUAUUGCGGUCACCGUCCUGGACUAUGCCAAUCUGGAUACCGAAAAGCUUCCCGCUCCGAAGAAUACCAAUACCACAGGGUACAUCACUCAUGUUCCGGAGAAGCUCCCGUGGUAUAAGAGAGCGUUCAUCAACGGCUGGCAUAAAAUCGCAACCGUGAUCAAAUAUAUCGUCAUUGCCAUGGUUGCCGACCCCGAGUUCCAAAGGGAAUUUGACCACGUUAUGAAGAGUCGGUCUAAGUUCGUUCGCGUGCCCUUGACCUUCCUCCUGAAUAUGGUAUGGAUGUACGCCAAAGAGAUACAAAACGUGGCUUUGAUGUUCUUCUUGUUCCAUGGGCGUGACAAUGUGGAGCGUCUGUGGCACGAGACUAAGGGCAUGACGAUCAAUCUGAAGCGGGAUCGAGUGAUUAUGCAAGGCCUCGAUGGUACGUUUACGGCAUUCAGACACGAUGGGCCCGACGGAAGCUUCAAGAUGUACAUUUACCAAGGUGAGCACAAGUCGGAGCCAAAGGACGUCAAAUCGCUUAAAUAUGUCAAUACCUAUACCCGGGACAUGCUUCUCCAAGUCAGGGAAGAAUUCGAGAAAGGGGAGCUGGUCAACGAGUAUCACUACGAUUAUCGGCAUCCCGCCAAGAGAGGCUUCAGGUUGUCCAAAGGAGUCAACCCGAGACUGCCAUUGGGACGACGGUGUGUGCGCGGCAAGAAUCACCUUCAGAGUAUUCAGUACAACCGCAAGGGCUUGAUCGAAGCCGGUUCCUACAUCAAGGAUGGGAAUCUGGUCCGCUUCAAAUAUCACUAUCGCAAGAACCCCCGGUUUGGCGAUGAGCUACUUCGUGCAGAGUUUGUCCUGGAGUACAUGAGCUGUACGGUGUCCUGGUGCGCCCCUCCACGCCGUCAUCCGGAGAAGAUCGAGCGCUGGAUUCCUCAUUCGAAGAUCACGGAGGCUACGUUCGUGCAUGGUCCCGACGUCUACGAAAGUCGCUGGCUCUACGACCACAAGUUCCACCCGACCAUCUUCACGUUCCUCAAUGGACAGAAAGUGCAGACUCCGCCUAUGAUCGAGAACGAUCAUCUCGGCGUGCUGACGAAGCCCAAACACACCAGCUUCUUGCACGACAACCCGUUGUUCUUCUGUGAUAGCCUGAAGACGAACCCGGUCACACGCUUCCUAGGUCUCACAAAGAAGCGAUUCCCGGUGUCUACGUCGCGCGCUCGCUCGCUGAUUUGGAAGGCCUGGAAAGAACGGGUGGACUUUGACGGGGUGAUUGUCCGGUGGAUGGACGAGAGGCUGCUGCGGCGAGACAAAGUGCUUGCUCCGUACUGGCGCAGUCGGGAUCGUGGGGACCUUGCUUCAGCGAAGAAAUAUCUCGACCUGCGCGCCGAUGCCAUUAUGGCCAGUGCGGAUCUGGAUGACACCAUCUCCAGCUGGACUCCAUUGGCUGUCAAGAUGGGCGAUCUGUUCAACUUUGGCCCCGGUGGCGAUGCCGUUCUCUUUACACGGUCCAAGGAAUUUGUCUUUGAUUCCGACGACAGCCUCCACGUGCUGGCUGCGGACAUGGGAACCUGGCCGAACGAAGGAGGUGGUGUCUCUGCUUGCCGUCGCGAUAUGAUCAACUCGCUGCGCACCAUCAAAUGGCACAUGAUCUGCGAGUCCGCUCAUGACUUUGGCGUUCCAAAGCAUCAGACCGAGCAGAAUGUCCAGUCGCUGAAAGUGAUUCCGCUUUGGGGGCUGGAUUUCUUGACGCCAACCCACGGUCUGUUCAAGAACAAGCUGGAUGCUGAGGUGGAAGACUCGGCCACGGCUGCCACGGAGCUGGAUAUCAAACUGAACUUUAUCCCCAUCCUGACUGCGUUGGUGAAAGCUGCGCGCGCCGUCCAUCUUUCCAAUGCCGACAUUCAGCAGGCGACGAGAGCACUGGUCAAUCUCAACACCUACUUCGAUAGCUUCAGACACUGGGGUCAAGUGUGGACCAGCGAGAUCGUCAAGGAGAGCUGGCGUGAGCUCUGGCUGACGCAGGAGAUGCCCAACGCAGUGCCGUCGUCGCAGUGGUUUGAAACGGAACUGCCCACGUUGGGCCACCUGGACACCGCGUUGGAGCUGUGGUUCCGAUACCUGUUCAUCUUCUCCAUUCCGGUUCCGGAGAAGAUUCCUUCCGUCUUCCAGGCCUCGCAUCACAGCGUCAGUGCGUCGUACGGAGUCGUGUGCAAGAUCAAACGCGGCUGCACGCUCCAAAUCUGGGACCACGCGAUCAGCUGGCGCGAGACCAACCUCUGCCUGUCUUCGGCUCUCUGCAAGCUUCCACCGUUCGUGCGGAACGCUCUUCUGGGUCUGAUGAGGAUGACCUCGGUGCUGAUCUUGCACCACGCGGACAUUGUCUCGCCUUGCGCGGACUUCUUCAAUCCCGGCUGGGAGAUCGAGAUUGGAACGUGCCAAGGAAACCUGGAGCAUCGCAACAGCUUCCGCAGGAAGGUGGAUCCCGUCGUCAACGGCAUUACCGACAUGCAAAAGUUUGCCCCCGUCAAGGAGAUCAAGUCGCAGCGUCCUACGGUGACCAUGUUGUCGCACGUGUGGUACGCGAAGGACAUCAAGAUCGCCAUCCUGGCGGCCGACUUGAUCAUCAACCAGUGGGGAUUCGACGACUACCACCUCGACAUCUACGGAGCCAUCGACAAGGCGCCGACAUACUCGACGGAGUGUCAGGAGCUCAUUGCCUCCAAAGGUCUUCGCGGAAAAGUCACGCUCCGCGGAACGGCUGAUCCGAUGAAGGUGCUCGAAAACACCUGGUUGUUCCUCAACUCGUCUCUGUCGGAAGGUCUGCCGCUGGCACUUGGCGAAGCUGCCUUGACGGGGGCGCCUGUUGUCUGUACUGAUGUCGGGGCAUCGCUGCGGGUUCUCAGCGACCCAGACGACUUUUCACGGUUCAGUGCGGUCGUCGCCCCGAAUGACGCUCAAGCGCUUGCACGGGCACAGAUCCAGAUGCUGGCCAUGUUGGGAGAGUGGAGCAACCACGCCGAGGAUACGGAGCCGCCGCCAGUUCUGUCGUCGUCGCCUACCCCGGAUGAAGUGGCCGCGAUCACUCGGCGCAUGUAUGAGAAGAGUGAGCACCGCAGGAAGCUGGGCAUGAUGACGCGGAAGAUUGUGCAGAAGUCGUUCAGCGGGGAUCGCUACUUGCGGGAGCACGAGCAGAUGCUCUGGGUGGGCAAGAGCCUCAAGACGUUCGGCAGCCGAGGCGCGGGCGACCUGCUGGAACCUCUGGAGACGCCAAGCGACCUGCGGGCGGCGACGCCAAUCGAAGACGAGAUGGUCACGAUUCCACACAGCGCGGUGGCGUCGUGGCGGUCGUCGACGUCAUCUGCGGCGUCGUCGUUCAUCUCGACGAGCUCCCGAGCCGAGAUGGUGUACGGGGGCAAGUUUGGGCGGUCCAUCUCGGAGCAGAGCCGGCUGUCGAUGGAGUCGGGCGUGCAUGGGUCGUCACGCAAGUCCUAUUUCCCCGUGUUCGCGCCGCGGCACAGCGGCAAUCUGCUCUCUGGGGGGCGGUCAUCGUCGCCGACGGGCGAGGCGCUGCUGCGGGGUCUGCGUCGGGAGGAGCUGCGGCAGUACCGCAAUUCGGACGUCAGCUCGAUUACGCGGGAUGAGUUUUUGAAUUCGAAUGCCUACAAGAGUAUUAUGGCGGAGAAGCAGGGGGCAUGA